UUUCGAGCAUUCGUUGGUUUCCCUCCCAAACAAUGUUUCUAUUAUUAAAACCUCACAUCUUACGAAGUGCGACUGCGUUCAUCGUUAGAUAGCAUUUCUUAGCGUUCUUCCCAAAGAGCUAGAAGAAUCGCCCAGCAUCUUACCUUGGCAUUCAAGGUUUCCAUGGGGACUUGCCCUGCUGAGGCGGUGGAGUCAGCCGGUGCGUCGCCGCAUAGGAAGCCACGUCUCUUCAUCACGCAGAUGGUUCUCCGCAACUUUAAGUCAUACGCUGGCGAGCAGUGGAUCGGGCCCUUCGACAAGAGUUUUUCAGCGGUGGUUGGGCCUAAUGGUAGCGGGAAGAGUAAUGUCAUCGAUGCUAUGCUCUUUGUGUUUGGCAAGCGGGCAAAGCAGAUGCGUCUGAACAAAGUAUCGGAGUUGAUACAUAAUUCCAGCAACCACCAAAACGUUGAUAGUGCCGGGGUUUCGGUGUAUUUUCAAGAAAUUGUUGAUCAGGAUGAUGGAUCUUUUGACGUUGUUGAAGGCAGUAACUUUUUCAUUAGCAGAGUGGCAUUCCGGGACAAUUCAUCAAAGUACUAUAUUAAUGACCGUGGUAGUAAUUUCACUGAGGUUACAAAGAAGUUGAAAGAAAAAGGAGUAGACCUUGAUAAUAACCGUUUUUUAAUUCUUCAGGGUGAGGUUGAGCAAAUCUCUCUAAUGAAGCCCAAGUCACAAGGACCCCAUGACGAGGGAUUCUUGGAAUAUCUUGAAGACAUCAUAGGAACUAAUCAAUAUGUGGAAAGGAUUGAAUCAGCAUAUAAAGAAUUAGAGUCCCUAAACGAAAAGCGAUCCGCAGCAGUUCAGAUGGUAAAGCUUGCUGAGAAAGAGAAAGACAGCUUAGAGAGCGCAAAAAAUGAAGCUGAAGCCUAUAUGCUGAAGGAACUGAGACUUUUGAAGUACAGGGAGAAUGCAACUAAGCUUGCUUUUGAGGAUGCUAAUGCCCAUGUCACUGAAUUGAAGCAGAAUGUCAUAACAUUAGAGGAAAAUCUCACAACUGAAAGAGAGAAGAUUCAACACGACUUGAAGAUAUUGAAGGAACUAGAGAGUGUUUACAACAAGCAUUUGAAAACACAGGAGGAUCUUGACAAUGAAAUGAGGAUCUGCAAAGAUGAAUUCAAGAAGUUUGAGAGGAAGGAUGUUAAAUACCAGGAAGAUCGUAAUCACCUGAAGCAAAAAAUUAAGAAAUCUGAUGACAAACUCAAAAAGGACUCAUCUAAAAUUGAUGAAAUUAAGAAGGAUAACGAGGAAUCAUCAUUUUUUAUUCCAAAACUUGAGGAAGAGAUACCAAAGUUGCAGCAACUUCUUCAGAAUGAAGAAAAGAUAUUGGAAGAAAUCAUAGAGAGCUCUAAAGUUGAAACAGAGAAGUAUUUCUCUGAGCUCAACGAAGUUCGAGCAGAAUUAGAACCAUGGGAAAGCAAACUGAUCGAACACAAAGGAAAACUUGAUGUUGCUCGCUCUGAGACCAAGUUGUUGAAGGAAAAGCAUGCUGCUGAUCGGGCUGCUUAUGAAGAAGCUCAACAACAAUUGCGUGAUAUAAAGGAUAAAUUACAUGCGAAGAAUAAAUAUAUAGUUGAAGUUCAAGCUAAAAUAGAGGAAAAUAAACUUGAAGCUUCAGAAGCCCGGAAAUUAGAACAGGAAUGCAUUAUGAAACAAGAUUCACUUGUACCUCUCGAGCAGGCCGCUAGGCAGAAAGUUGCAGAAUUUGAGUCAACGUUGCAAUCUGAGCAGAGUCAGGGCUCUGUUUUGAAAGAAAUAUUGCGCGCUAAGAAAUCAAAAGAAAUAGAAGGAAUUUAUGGUCGACUUGGAGAUCUUGGUGCAAUUGAUUCGAAGUAUGAUAUUGCAAUAUCAACAGCAUGCCCUGCGCUUGAUUAUAUUGUGGUUGAAACGACAGAUGCUGCUCAAGCAUGCGUGGAGUUGUUGAGGAAGAAGAAUCUGGGCAUUGCUACAUUUAUGAUAUUGGAAAAACAAACUGGAUAUGCGCAUAAACUACAGCAGAAAGUCAGAACACCUGAAGGAGUUCCACGCCUUUUUGAUCUAGUUAUAGUCAAGGAAAGUCGAUUGAAGCUGGCUUUUUUUGCUGCCCUGGGAAACACAGUCGUGGCAAAAGACCUUGAUCAG